AUGUUUACCAAAUCACUCAGAAAAGCUGUCCUGAAGACUGUAAGUUGCACAUGCCAGUCAAUUGACCUACUAACAGUACAGUCUCAAAGAAGAUUCUUGUCCAUUCACGAAUACAGAUCUGCUGCCUUGCUCAGAUCGUAUGAUGUCGGCGUGCCUAGAGGAGACGCUGCCACUACUCCGGAGGGAGCUUACGAGAUCGCCAAGUCGUUGGGAACCAACGAGCUGGUCAUCAAGGCCCAGGCUCUGACCGGAGGUAGAGGUAAGGGUCAUUUCGACAGCGGAUUGCAGUCCGGUGUCAGAUUGAUUGAGUCUCCAGAAGAGGCCAAGGACCUUGCUGGUAAGAUGAUUGGCCACAAGUUGAUCACCAAGCAAACCGGUGCCGCUGGUAAGAUUGUCACGGCCGUGUACGUUGUUGAGAGAAAGUACGCCAAGCAGGAGGCAUACUUGUCCAUCAUCAUGGACAGAAAGAACCAGUCUACCUUGGUUGUUGCUUCCUCCGAGGGAGGUAUGGACAUCGAGGGAGUUGCCAAGGAAAACCCAGAUGCCAUCAAGAAGUUCCCUGUGGACUACGAGGCCGGAAUUUCCGACGAGUUGGCCGUCAAGAUCGCCUCUGGUCUCAAGUUCACUCCAGAGGCCGUUCCAAAGGCUGCAGACACCAUCAAAAAAUUGUACCAGAUCUUCAAAGAGAAGGACGCCACCCAGAUCGAGAUCAACCCACUCACAGAGACCAAGGACCACGAGGUUUUGUGCAUGGACGCCAAGUUCGGUUUCGACGACAACGCUGCUUUCAGACAAAAGGAGGUGUUUUCCUGGAGAGACAUCACCCAAGAGGACCCUGAAGAAGUCACUGCCAGCAAGUUUGGUUUGAACUUCAUCAAGCUGGAUGGUAACAUUGGAUGUCUCGUCAACGGUGCUGGUUUGGCCAUGGCCACCAUGGACGUUGUUCAAUUGUACGGAGGAUCUCCAGCCAACUUUUUGGACGUUGGUGGAGCUGCCACUCCAGAAACCAUCGAGGAGGCCUUCAAGCUCAUCUUGACCGAGAAGGGUGUUAAGGCCAUCUUUGUCAACAUCUUUGGUGGUAUUGUUAGAUGUGAUUACGUUGCCGAGGGUCUGAUUUCUGCCACCAAGAACCUUUCUCUUGAGAUCCCUGUUGUGGUUAGAUUGCAAGGUACCAACCUCGACAUUGCCAAGAAGCUCAUCAGCGAGUCCGGUUUGAAAUUGUACUUGUUUGAGGACCUUGACGAUGCUGCCGAGAAGGUCGUCGAGUUGGGCAAAUAG